GAGCCCAAGGGUCCCCCAUGAAGACCAUAAUGCAGGAAAGAUGGAAUAUAUGGAGUUUCCUGUUGAACCAGGAUGGAGUGAGCACGGGCUUCAGUCUCAAGUAGAAGCUGUUCUCGUCGUAAGAGAGGUGUUGUCGACCCUGGAGAACACUUCAGAAGCAGUUGGACCCCAUUCGAUAGGACGAGACGACUGAUUGAAUGUAGGUGGCCCUUGAGCGGAUAGACUCCUUUGACUUGCACCGAAGAAGGAAAGUGGCGUUGAAGGAUGGAGCCGAGAGUAUAAGAAGGUUCAAGGUCAGGAACUAAGAUAGAAGAUAAAGAAGGCGACAUUUCGCGCAACACUUCAGCUCUUCUGCUUCAGCGCUCGCAUGCUCGCUACUAGUACAAGAUAUAAUUAUGAUGAUCCAUAUUGCUGGGGGAAAUCAUCGGGGAGAAAGACCAGGCGGCCGCAACCCGGGGAUACAAAUGGGGCCCGGACAUGGAACAGAGGAACAGGGAAACCAGUCGAUCGAUCUCGUUUCUGAGCGUCAGAUGAUGGAGGGACCCCGUACCGAGGACAAGGAGCAUAUCCCUUAUUUGAAAACAUUAAGCGAAGCGGAAGAUCCAUAUCCGAAGCCCCUUACUGAAGGGGACAUCCGUCCGGGAUCCCCACUGUUUAAAUUGGAGAAAGAAGACCCCAAGAAGCAUCAUUGGAGUAUUGGCCAGGAAGUGAAGGAAAGAGUUGUGAUCCAUGGAGACGCAGCUCGCCUAAGGCUCCCGCUCUGA